GUAAAAGGUUCGUGGUCGGCCGUAGAAAUCAAGACACUAGGUGCUGUUGCCAACUCUCAUCAGUUUCUACACCCACCAUUUAGCUCAUCUCUCCACUUCUUUCUCUUCCCCACACUCAGUUUUAUACUAUUAUAUUGUAUACCCACACAGAAAGAGAGAGAGAGAGAGAGAGAAAACACCAAGCUUUUCAUUCUGCUUCCAAACUUCAAGAUUGGUUCAGUGUGAUCUGAUUUUGCUUCUACUCAACAUAUUUGAUGACCCAUCUGAGAAUUUGAUUGAUUGAUUGCUUGGGGUUGAAAGUAGAGGAACAAGACAAUGUCUUGGAAGAACAGAGGAGGGGAGCCUCAUUCAAGAAAUGCUGUUAUUUCCAGGAAAUUGAGUUUUAUUAUGUGUAUUGGCUGCUUUUGUGUUGGAAUGCUCUUCACCGACAGAAUGUGGGCAGUUCCAGAAGCUAAAGGGAUAUCAAGAUCUACUAGGAUUGAAGAGGAAAAGCUAAAAUUAGUUGCAGAAGGUUGCAAUCCAAAAAUUGACAAGGCAAAGGAUUUUUCUGGAGAAAUUUCAAAAACACAGCACACUAUGCAGUCGCUAGAUAAAACAAUAUCUAAUCUGGAAAUGGAAUUAGCUGCAGCAAGGGCCGUGCAAGAUUCUAUACUCACCGGUAUACCUGUAUCUGGUGACUUGAGUGUAACUGAAUCAACAAAGAGAAGAAAGUAUCUAAUGGUGAUCGGCAUUAACACUGCUUUUAGCAGCCGAAAGAGGAGAGACUCUGUUCGUGCGACAUGGAUGCAACAAGGCGAAAAACUAAAGAAGCUUGAGGAUGAAAAAGGCAUUAUAAUGAGAUUUGUAAUAGGCCACAGUGCCACGUCAGGUGGUAUUCUUGAUAGAGCUAUUGAAGCAGAAGAGCAGAAACAUGGAGAUUUCUUGAGGCUGGACCAUGUUGAGGGAUACCUUGAACUCUCAACCAAGACAAAGAUAUAUUUUGCCACUGCUGUUGCUUUGUGGGAUGCUGAUUUCUAUGUGAAGGUUGACGAUGACGUACAUGUAAACAUAGCAACGCUUGGAGCAACUCUAGCUAGGCAUCGAUCAAAGUCCCACGUCUACAUUGGAUGCAUGAAAUCUGGUCCUGUCCUUGCUCAGAAGGGAGUGAGGUAUCAUGAACCUGAGUACUGGAAAUUUGGUGAGGAGGGAAACAAGUAUUUCCGUCAUGCUACAGGACAACUAUAUGCUAUUUCGAAAGAUUUGGCCACCUACAUAUCCAUAAAUCAGCACGUGCUACAUAAGUAUGCCAAUGAGGAUGUCUCGCUGGGGUCAUGGUUUAUUGGACUAGAUGUGGAACAUAUAGAUGAUCGGAGAUUAUGUUGCGGGACGCCACCUGAUUGUGAGUGGAAGGCUCAGGCGGGAAACAUAUGUGUUGCUUCCUUCGACUGGAGCUGUAGUGGGAUAUGCAGGUCAUCUGAUAGGAUUAAGGAAGUUCACAGACGGUGUGGUGAAGGUGAAAAUGCUCUGUGGAGUGCAGUCUUCUGAUCGUCAAAUAUUUUUCUUGGAGGCUCAAAUUGCAUAGAACCUGUACUUGUUGAGAUAUUAUGUGUAAAUUUUAGUGUGCAUAUUACCAUCACUGGAAAGAUAUAACAAAAGAGGUAGCUGUUUAUUGGAGGGUUCUGUUCUGUUUUAAAUGAAGAGAAGAACCCCUAUAGGAAUCCAUCUGUUUUUCUGUAAACUACCACUUGUCUGCAGUUUCCGUUUAUGACAAAUGGAUAUACUAUAUAAUUUGGGCAUGCAGUUUUGCCUAUUGAUUAUCA